GAUUAUGUGAGUUUAAGACUAGAAGCAAUCAGAGCUGAAUAUCAGAAGAUGCCUGUAUUUCUCCAUGAAGAAGGACAACGUAAUUUGGAGAUGCUGAAAAAGAAGGGCAAAGAUACUUUUUGUCAACUUACUGAAAGUAAAGCCAAAAUGAUUCACAAGAGGGAGAUUUUAAGAGGAAUGUAUGAGGAGCUGAAGGAAAUGUGCCAUAAGCCAGAUGUGGAGCUACUUCAGGGAUUUGGAGAUAUAUUACACAGGAGUGAGUCUGUGCUACUGCCCAUGCCCCAGCCUGUGAAUCUAGAGCUCAGUGCAGAGCCCAUCACUGGACUGAUGGACAGGCUCAACCAAUUCCGAGGUAAGUCCCCACCCAUUGGCAGCACUCCCACUGUCUAAAUAUUAUUUGUUGUUAGGAUCACAUAGGUAGUAUUUCACACUUUAUCAGAUAUUUGUCUUCUUUAUGAACAUAAGUGAACAAUACAGCCAUGCAACCCUUUUGUACCUGUGUAUGUAUUUAUAGUCAGAUUUAUAACAUUAACAUAUAGUCAGAUUUGAAAGAUAGUGAGAAACAAACACAUUCUGGCCUCCUACGCACUGAGUUAUAUAAUGGGAAAAAGGAGUAGGGUAGCAAAUUUUAAAAAGGAGCAAAUGGAGCAGUGCUUAGAAUGAAGGUGAGGUAUUUAAUGUUAAAUACAAAAUUAUACAUUUCUUUAUUCAUUUGAACUGCUAAAAACUGUUAUUUUGGGGAAUAUAGUUUACUGUAGAUUCUUGGGGAUUUGUAUUUUUUAAAUGGAUAUAUAUUCAUAUAUUACGAAAAUUUGAGUUAAUGUAUAAAAAUAAAAAAUCAUUUUGUGAAUACAGUAAAAUUACAAACAAAACUAAGUUCAGUUUAAUUGCAAUAUGAAGAGCUAUAUGUUAAGUCUGAAAUCCAGCUUCAUCCCAGAGCUAGCAUGGAGGACCACAGAAAUAAUGGUAAAAGAUUUUGAAGAAAUCUGCUUUAAAUUACCACAUAUAACAUGGACAUAGGGAUUUUUAUCAGUUAUCUAGAGUGGUUUUUGAGUAACUGAAAAUCUUCACAUUCUUUCAAAAUGAUAACACUAAUUUUUAAGAAUAAGAAACUUUUCUAAAUAAUUACCUUGAUAACAAAAUAGGAUUUAGGGAAUAUAAUGUGUACAUUUUGCUUUGA